GACUUUUGCUCUCUUUUCUUAUCCAAAUAAAUAAUUUUUUUUUCUUUUAAUUAGUUGUUUUCUAUAUAUAAAUAAUUUUUUUCAUAUUCUAAAGCGUCAAAGUCUAGACUUUCCCGGUUGUCCUCCUUCCUCUACCUGAACCCAUGUUCCUCGUGUCCAUUCCUUAUCUCUCGCUUCUUUCCCAUUAUCUUCUCUUUCUCUCUCCAAAACUGUUUCUUAUUUCUAUUUAUACAUCAUAUUCCAAUACUGCGUAUUUCUUUUUCAGGCUAUCAUUUUUCUUUGGUAGCCUUCAUCUCUGCUCUUGACCACAUAGGAUCUGGGAUUUCCUUGCUUUCCCAUCAAGGACUUUGUCCAAUCCUGGGGUUGCAUUUGGAGAUUGGCGUUAUGGGGAUCUGUUGCUAAUCUCUGGUUGAUUAUUAGUGGAAAGGCAACACUGGCGUGAAAAAUAUUUUGCAUUGCUAUUAUUGAAGAUAGGCUUCAUUGCAUGGUCAAACUGGAAAGUGCUGUUUACUUGAUGAAGUUAGAUAUCUUCAUGGGUAAUUAUCGCCGUAAAAUAUAAUUUGUCUUGUAAAAUUUCAAUUUCCUGAAAUGGGUUGACUUUGUGGAUUGAAUUCUUUGAGUGGUUUGUGAAUGUAUAGGGGCUUUAGUCAUUUGGUGAGUGAGGAGAAGUUACAAAAAAAAAAAAAAAAAAAUCAGAGUGGGUUUGGUAGCUGGAAAUGGAUCAUAUAAUUUUGAAAGAGAGAGAUCUUGAGGUUGAUCUUGAAAAUGGGGUGAAUGCUAGUGUUGACGAUCAAAGUAAAGACUCCAUAUCUGGUGUAAAAAUUCAAGCGAAGGAGUUGCUUGCUAAGAUUCGUGGCAUCUUUGUUGAUGGUACAAUGAAGGGUGAAGAGGGGUUAAAUUACUGUUCUGAUGCACCAGAGCAAGUGAACUUGGAUGGAGAGAAAACUGUUGGAAACGUAGAGAAGAAAGUGGUAAAGGAGAAGCAUAAAAUGAUGAGCAAUAAAAAGGCUUCCAAACCUCCUAGGCCUCCAAGAGGUCCAUCAUUGGAUGCUGCUGACCAGCAGCUGAUCAAGGAGAUUACAGAACUUGCUAUGUUGAAACGUGCAAGGGUUGAGCGAAUCAGAGCCUUGAAGAAAAUGAAAGCAGCAAAGGCGUCAUCAUCAUCUAAUAGCUAUGUGUUUGCAAUGGUGUUCACAAUCCUCUUCUGUUUAGUGAUAAUCUUUCAAGGAAUGUCAUCAAGGGUUACUUCUGUAAACAUGCAGAGAUCUCCUUUAUCAGCAGAAACGGCAGAGAGUGGUUUGAUUGCGGUGCAGUACUUUGGGAAUCCAUCUGCAAGUGACCCAAAUGGACCUCCUUCUGAAUCUCCCAAUUCUAUAAAGCCAAUAGCUGGUUUUGAUCCGCUUGAAAAUCCAAGAAGAGCCGUGGGAUAAAGCGGAGAAAAUCAUGAUGUUAUAGCCAAGCUUACAUUUGAGAGAUAUUACUAGUCCCUGUGGCUCAUGCAAGCAUUAUAUGACUUGCACUUUUUGUACCAAUAGCCCUCUGAAAUUGAAGUUUGGUGGGUAAUUUAUUUCCUCUAUGUACACUUUUUUAACUGGGGAGUGAGUUAAAUUACCAAACUGAGUUUCUUAAUGGAUUGUAAGGAAAAUUAGUGCCAUGUUUAAUAGGCCAUGCUACUUUUGUGCUGAUAAGUUACCUCCUCUGCAACUAAGCCAGCCAAAUUAUACAAUGCAUGGUCAUGUAAGUUGCUCCGAAAAUGAAAUUCAGAAUCGAGUUAUUUGCCAAGAAA